ACGGACUCUUUUCUUUGAAGCACAUGGUAGCUUGACAGACCGCUUCUAAACAAUCUUCGGCAACCACGUCAACAAUAAUGUAGACAUUUGUUUUGUAUUUGGAAAAAAGAUGUUAUGCGGUGAAAUAUCCAAUGUCAUUAUGCUGCGUGUUCAAAAGAGUAUUAUUAUACAACUGAACUGAAUCGAAGCUAACAGCAACACGACGUGAUUGCAUUUGCAGCAAAUAACGCAGUUUUCAGGAUGGCCCAAACAGACAGCAAAGUCCUUAUUCUGGGAGCUUUGGCUGGGGUGGCUGGCAUCGGCUUGGCUGUGGCAUGUUACCAGGGCUAUAAAAUGAGACGAAGGGCCUCAUUGCCAGCGCGCUACCUACACACUAAUAAUGAACUCGUACCUGGCAUGACGUUUAUGAAUAGUCCCGGUCUACCCGGGGACCAGAUUGAGGUACUGGACCGCCUCGAGGCCCUACUACAAUGUGUGUCAGAGCUGAAAGACGAAAUGAAGGCAUUGAAGAAUGCCUUACCGAUGCGGCACGGUCAAGUUGGCGAAGACCUGAGUGCACCUAAUAGGUCAGAUGCACAUCGAGCUGCUCCUCUUCACAGGACCACACCAACACGGAGGAAAAGGGCUGGAGGCAGCAUCACUGGGGCCAUAGCAGGUGGGCGAAGUUCUGAAGAAGCGGAAAGUGAGGGAGGGUACAUAACCGCACUGACUGACUCCGAUGAAGAGGAACAAAGUGAUGAUGAACAAUGGGAUGAAAGGGAGGAGACAACAGACAGGUUAACUAGCUUACUUGAGAGGAUUGACUCUUUGCAUCAGGGCACAGAGGCUGACAAAAGAGAAAGUCUGCACAUCCUAUCAACUCAUCGAGACGAGUUUGGACAGAGCUCCGAAUUUCUUUGGCGUCUGAUCAGAGCGUAUAGCGACGUUCAUGACCUCAGCGCCACGCUUGAAGAAAAGAAAAAUCAUGCAGAAACUGGAAAGAAGGUCGGUGAGGAUGCAGUGGCGCUGAACCCCACAUGUGCUGAAAGCCACCAGUGGUAUGCCAUUAUGUGUGGAAUUAUGGCGGAAUACGACACCGUCCAGAACAAGAUCAAGAAUGGCUACAUUUUUAAGGAUCAUCUGGAUAAAGCCAUCCAGCUGAAGCCUCAAGACCCCCUGUCUUACUACCUGCUGGGCCGCUGGUGCUAUGCUGUAGCCCAGUUAUCUUGGCUUGAGAGGAAAGUUGCCGCUGCAUUAUUUGGAGAACCUCCCAGCGCCACCAUUGAAGAUGCACUGAAGAAUUUUCUGAAGGUUGAAGAUAUCCAUCCAAGAUAUUCCAAACUCAACUAUGUAUUUCUUGCAAAGUGCUACAGAGACAUUGGGUACAGGAAGAAGGCAAGGGAGAUGUGUGAGGCUGCUGCGUCAAUGCAGUCGCUUUCAAAGGAGGAUGAAGACGCACAGAAAGAGCUUGAACUUCUCCGCCCGGAUCUUGGACUGUUAGACCCGAAAGAUGAAUCGGACCUGUAGCUUCUGCUCCUUACAGGCAACUUGUGUGUGCAGUGAGUACACUGAGACCAUAAGCGUUCUCUCAGUGAGAGGCAAGUUGUUGAGUUCCAUCGUCACUGGGAGCAAAUUGGUCCAUUGAGGCAAUGUUGACUUGAAGAUGAACAUUAGUUUAUUGCUAUGGUUGGUGUGGUUGGGUCCUGGUCCAUUCCCAUCGCUCCUUCAGAAAGCGAAUUUUGUUGUUGGAGUUGUGGGCACUGCUCAGAUGAUGACAAUUCUUGUUUUUGCUGAUAGUUGGCUCUAUUUUUCUGCACUCAACUCGUCGCACCUAUCUGACAUAAUUCAUUAGCUCCAAUACGCAAUGAUCACGCUGUUGUUCUAUGAACACAUUGAUUGACAUUAUUGACUCAAUACAACGUAUGGCCAUAGUAUUUUACUUUUGCAAACUACCCACAUCCUCAUCCUCAAGUGAAAGUCCUCAACAUCAAAUAGAACAAAAGCACAAUUGAAGUAGAAAUAGAGAAAUGUCACGGAACACAUUGGAAGGGAGAAACUUACUGCAUUCUACCAAAGUGUGAGUUGUACUUUUUAUCAUUUAUUUUUAUGUAUGUGUUGGUCGGUCAAACUGUGUCCCAAUAUGAAAGCACUACACAAGCUAUUUUAUUUUUAAAUAAAAUAUAGACUAUUUGGUAACCAAAAAAACAUAUCUUGUUAAAUUUGAAUAAAUGGAUGUUAAAAUUCUUACUGCGUUUUAAUUUUCAUUAGUAAGUCCAAGAGUCCCAUCACUUGUGAGCUCUUUUUAGAACAGACAGAUGGGCUACGUUUGUUGUCCUUGGGGCUAAUAAAUACACACUGGCACCAUUUUUUUUUUUUUAUCCAUCACAAUGUACAUUAAUCUACAGCACAAAAAGGCACCUAUGUUUGCGGUAUCUUUUUUUUUUUGUAUCCAGACAAACAGUAAUUCACAAGGUGGUGGGGAAAUGCGUUUAUAUGAUCCAUGCAGUUAAAUGGAGCCAUUAGCAGCAGGUUUGGUAAUAUUUAGUCUUUGGAGCAGAAAUCUUGGAUGUGUGACUCAUAAAAAUUGAAUGUCAUUUUGAGUGAAUAAUAAAUUAUGAGUGUUGGGGCUUUGAUUUUAUAGUUGUUUUAAUCAUUCCUUAUUGCUUAGACAACUGUUCUCAAAAUGUAGACCUGAUGCAGGUCAGAGGAUGUAUUUAUUUCAUUCUCCAUCUUUGCUUUGUGUGUCUAAAAUCAUUUAAAAAAAGUGCUUUUGUAAAGGAAAAAAUAUAUAUAAUUUGUCGCUUUACACAGGUACUUGUAGUGGCAAGAUGAUGUUGCAUGUAUGUGAUUUUGUUCUAUUCUACGCCAAAGCAAUUCUGUUAUUUGUUGAGACUUGUGUGAACUGAAUCAUGGAUGGUACUAGAAUGUGUAAUUAAAUCUGGGAAACCGAUGAGAGUAUUUCAAUCCAUUUGUGUGCCUCUAUUGGACCUUGUUAAAUUCUGUAAUGAUUUUUAUUAUGCACUUCAAGAUGUGGAUUAUUGAUACC